AUGCGUCUUCUCGUUUCUCUAUCCCUGCUGGCCUCGGCCGCUGUCGGUGUUCUCGGUGCCGAGGAGCUGGGCAUUGACGUCACCACCGCCGUCGAGUGCGAGAGGAAGACCAAGAAGGGCGACACCAUCCAGGUGCACUACCGCGGCACCCUCAAGUCCAAUGGCCAGAAGUUUGAUGCCAGCUACGACCGCAAUGUGCCUUUCGCCUUCACUCUGGGUGGCGGGCAGGUGAUCAAGGGCUGGGACCAGGGUCUGCUCGACAUGUGCAUCGGCGAGAAGAGGACUCUCACCGUCCCUCCCAGCCUGGGCUACGGCCAGCGCGGCAUGGGCCCCAUCCCCGCCGGAUCGACCCUAGUCUUUGAGACCGAGUUGGUGGGCAUCCAGGGCGUCCCGAAGCCCGAGUCCAUCGUGACCAAGUCCGCCACCAAGAGCAGCGCCGCUGCCGAGUCGAGCAACGUCGCCGAGUCGGCCUCGGAGAAGAUCGCCGAGAAGGUCGCCAGCAAGGUCGCCGAGGCGGCCGAGGUCGUCAAGACCAUCAUCGCCGACACCGACGACGUCGAGGAGCACCAGGAGCUCUAG